AUGUCAGUCCACGUCCUAGGCACGCGCGACCGCUCGCGCUCGCGCUAUGACUCAGACUCGGACAGAGAAUAUGUGAACAUCCCCGUGCCCCUCCCACACCGCCGCCGGUCGCGCGACCGCGGCCGCCGCUCCCCGGAUACUGUGGUCAAUCAGAACUUCCUCGGCCUGCCGGACGCCGGUGGCCGCCGUCGCGCCGCCAGCACGAGCGGCCAGCCCGCGCCCAUCAACCUGGUCGUUAACCCGCGUACGCAGACGACGAUCACCGCCGACACCGCAGCCGCAGUCGGAACGCGAGCGCCGGCGCGACGAGAGCGGAUCGAGGACGAGAUCGAGGAUCGUCGACGACGCGACGAGCGGGAUCGGAGACGGUGGGAGGAGGAGCAGGAGCUGAAAGCUGCGCGGAAGAAGAAGGAAGAGGAGGAGUUGAUUGCGAAGGCGAAGCUGGAAGAGGAGAAGAAGAAGAAGGAUGCGGAGGAUUUGAGGCGGAAGAUUUUGGAGGAGGAGGAGGUCAAGAAGGCCAAGAAGAAGAGGGAGAAGGAGGAGCAGGAGAAGGAGGUUGAUGAGAAGAUGCGUGCUAAGUUCAAGGCUUUGGGUAUGCGCUCACUCCUCUCCAUCAGCAGCUACUCCGACUCGCGCAUCGAAGAGCUCAUGAAGGGCAAACGUGAGAAGCACCACCACGACCAGGAGUGGGCCAUUGACUUGACAAGGCCGACACACAUAAAGGUCCGCCGGCAAUACUUACUACCAGAUACCUUGGAUCACUUCAACCUGCCAUGGGAGUACGAUAAGCACAACACAGACUACAUCAUCAUCAAACGCUACAUCGACGCCGACUUCCAAGAAGUGCUGUUCGAACACACACGCAAACUCAUCAUCAAACGCAAAACAACAAAGACGAUUACGAGUGGGUACGAGAAGGACGUGACGGUGACCCUACGGCCGAAGGAGGAUGUGGUGGAGGUGGUCAAGGAUCGGAAUGAUAAUAUGUUUCUUGUGCGGAGCAAGUCGAGGGAUGGGAGGUCAAGGUCAAGGAGUCGGGAUCCGAGUAGCUCGAGGAGGAGGAGCUUCAUCUUUACCUAA